GCUAAAACGCUACAGCCAGGAAAACUUCCAUCUCCUUCUCCUGGUUUUGAUCCUCACCGGAUAGCAGACCCGAGGCGCCGAUCGACCGGAGGGAGGAUGAGAGAUGACCGGUCCUUUGGCAACCUGACCAUUUCCUUAGCAGAGCCUUCCAAAGCGAACCGGAGACUGGCCGCACGACCCAGGAGGCGCCGCGCCUCUUGUGGAUGUGUGUGUAUGAGUGAGCGAGCGGGUGUGUGUGUGUGAGUGAGGGUGUGUGUGUGUAUGUGUGUGUGCGCGUGUGUGUGUAUGCGCGCGCUUGUGGUGUGGAUGGGUGUGUGCACAGCACAAUUGCGUGGAAGCGUGUCUGGGUGAGUGUGUGUAUGCACUCGUGAGUGUGUUUGUGUGUGUGUGUGUGUAUGUGUGUGUGUGUUUGUUUGUGUGUGCUCUUGGCUGCUAUCAUUAUUAUUAUUUUGGAAGAAAAAUCCUGGAAAUCUGGGGUAGGUUAUGGUACUCCCAGGGUGAUUUCUUCUUUUGCAAGAGGAGCUGACCAGAGCAAGCCACUAGAGCCAUUUCCCUGCCAGCAGAGAGCAUUUUCCUCCCAGAAGAAGGAUUUCAACCCGGGCUCUGCAGCCAAGUAAAAAAGAUUAGCCCUGAAACCUGUGAAAUCAACCAUUGCUCUGUGAUUACCCAGGCUUGGGAGAGGACUUGGAAAGAAAAGGAGAAAUAAAUCAAACAGCCUGUCAGGUCUUUUUGCCACGUCGGAAGAUGUCAUCUCAAACUAAGUUCAAGAAAGACAAAGAGAUCAUUGCUGAAUAUGAAGCCCAAAUAAAAGAGAUCCGCACACAGCUGGUGGAGCAGUUCAAAUGCCUGGAGCAGCAGUCAGAGUCGCGGCUGCAGCUGUUGCAAGACUUGCAGGAGUUCUUCCGCAGGAAAGCUGAGAUCGAGCUGGAGUAUUCCCGCAGCCUGGAGAAGCUGGCGGAGCGCUUCUCCUCUAAGAUUCGCAGCUCCCGGGAGCACCAGUUCAAGAAGGAUCAAUACCUGCUUUCACCUGUGAACUGUUGGUAUCUGGUACUGCAUCAGACUCGGCGGGAGAGCCGAGACCAUGCCACCCUCAAUGACAUCUUCAUGAACAAUGUCAUCGUCCGCCUCUCCCAGAUCAGUGAAGAUGUCAUCAGACUCUUCAAAAAGAGCAAAGAGAUUGGCCUGCAGAUGCACGAGGAGCUGCUGAAGGUCACCAAUGAGCUCUACACAGUCAUGAAAACCUACCACAUGUACCAUGCAGAGAGCAUCAGUGCAGAAAGCAAGCUGAAGGAGGCCGAGAAGCAGGAAGAGAAACAGUUUAACAAGUCAGGAGACCUGAGCAUGAACCUGCUCCGGCACGAGGACAGACCCCAGCGCCGAAGCUCUGUGAAGAAGAUUGAGAAGAUGAAGGAAAAGAGGCAGGCCAAGUACUCUGAGAACAAGCUCAAGUGCACAAAGGCCCGAAAUGAUUACCUGCUGAAUCUGGCAGCCACCAACGCAGCUAUCAGCAAAUACUACAUCCACGAUGUCUCUGAUCUCAUCGAUUGCUGUGAUUUGGGCUUUCACGCCAGCCUGGCCCGCACCUUUCGGACCUACCUCUCAGCAGAAUAUAACCUGGAGACCUCUCGCCAUGAGGGCCUGGACGUCAUAGAGAAUGCAGUGGACAACCUGGACUCCCGGAGUGACAAGCACACAGUCAUGGAUAUGUGCAGCCAGGUCUUCUGCCCUCCACUCAAGUUUGAGUUCCAGCCCCACAUGGGGGAUGAGGUCUGCCAGGUCAGUGCACAGCAGCCUGUCCAGACAGAGCUGCUGAUGCGGUACCACCAGCUGCAGUCCAGGCUGGCCACUCUCAAGAUUGAGAAUGAGGAGGUUAGGAAAACCCUGGAUGCCACCAUGCAGACCUUACAGGACAUGCUGACUGUGGAGGACUUCGAUGUCUCUGACGCCUUCCAGCACAGCCGAUCUACUGAGUCCAUAAAGUCAGCCGCUUCUGAGACCUACAUGAGCAAAAUCAACAUUGCCAAAAGGAGAGCCAACCAGCAGGAAACAGAAAUGUUUUAUUUUACAAAAUUUAAAGAAUAUGUGAAUGGCAGUAACCUCAUCACCAAGCUGCAGGCCAAGCAUGACUUACUCAAGCAGACCCUGGGUGAAGGGGAGAGAGCAGAGUGCGGUACAACCAGGCCCCCCUGUCUUCCCCCUAAACCACAGAAAAUGAGGAGACCUAGGCCUCUUUCAGUGUAUAGCCAUAAACUCUUUAACGGCAGUAUGGAAGCGUUCAUUAAGGAUUCAGGACAAGCUAUACCACUUGUAGUUGAGAGCUGUAUUCGAUUCAUCAAUUUAUAUGGACUCCAGCAGCAGGGGAUCUUCAGAGUUCCAGGAUCUCAGGUUGAAGUUAAUGACAUCAAGAAUUCCUUUGAGAGAGGUGAAGACCCCCUCGUGGAUGACCAAAAUGAGCGAGAUAUCAAUUCAGUUGCUGGUGUUUUAAAACUGUAUUUCCGAGGACUGGAAAACCCACUCUUUCCUAAGGAAAGGUUUCAAGAUUUGAUAUCUACUAUUAAACUGGAGAACCCAGCUGACAGGGUGCACCCAAUCCAGCAGAUCCUCAUCACCCUGCCCCGCGUGGUCAUUGUGGUCAUGAGAUACCUCUUCGCUUUCCUCAAUCACCUCUCCCAGUACAGUGAUGAGAAUAUGAUGGAUCCCUACAACCUGGCCAUCUGCUUUGGGCCCACCCUCAUGCACAUCCCCGAUGGGCAGGACCCUGUAUCCUGCCAGGCACAUGUCAAUGAAGUAAUCAAAACCAUCAUCAUCCACCAUGAAGCCAUCUUCCCCAGCCCGCGGGAGCUAGAAGGACCUGUGUACGAAAAAUGCAUGGCUGGAGGGGAGGAGUACUGUGACAGCCCACACAGUGAGCCGGGGACCAUUGAUGAAGUUGACCAUGACAAUGGCACGGAGCCUCACACCAGUGAUGAAGAAGUGGAGCAGAUUGAGGCCAUCGCUAAGUUUGACUAUGUGGGGCGAUCUCCUCGUGAACUAUCCUUCAAAAAAGGGGCCUCGCUACUCCUGUAUCACCGUGCCUCAGAGGACUGGUGGGAGGGCCGUCACAACGGUGUAGAUGGACUCAUCCCUCAUCAGUACAUAGUUGUACAGGACAUGGACGAUGCCUUCUCCGAUAGCCUGAGCCAAAAGGCUGACAGCGAGGCCAGCAGUGGGCCACUGCUGGAUGACAAGGCCUCCUCCAAGAAUGACCUCCAGUCCCCCACAGAGCACAUCUCUGAUUACGGCUUUGGGGGGGUGAUGGGCCGAGUGCGACUACGGUCCGACGGAGCAGCCAUCCCCAGACGCCGAAGUGGGGGCGACACACACAGCCCGCCCCGGGGCUUGGGUCCCAGCAUAGACACGCCACCCCGAGCUGCUGCCUGCCCCAGCAGCCCCCACAAAAUCCCCCUCAGCCGGGGACGAAUUGAGAGUCCUGAGAAGAGGAGGAUGGCGACAUUCGGGAGCGCUGGCAGCAUCAACUACCCUGACAAGAAGGCGUUGACCGAAGGGAUCUCCAUGAGGUCGACUUGCGGCUCUACGCGACACAGCAGCCUAGGGGACCACAAGUCCCUGGAAGCUGAGGCCCUGGCAGAAGACAUCGAGAAGACCAUGAGCACGGCUCUACAUGAGUUGCGGGAACUUGAGAGACAGAACACUGUCAAGCAGGCACCAGAUGUGGUGCUGGACACCCUGGAGCCCCUGAAGAAUCCACCAGGUCCCAUCAGCUCAGAGCCCGCCAGUCCCCUGCACACCAUUGUCAUCCGAGACCCUGAUGCUGCUAUGCGCAGAAGCAGCAGUUCAUCUACUGAAAUGAUGACUACCUUCAAGCCAGCCCUGUCGGCUCGCCUGGCUGGUGCCCAGCUGCGUCCACCCCCAAUGCGUCCAGUCAGACCUGUGGUCCAGCAUCGAUCCAGCAGCAGCAGCAGCUCAGGUGUGGGCAGCCCGGCAGUGACACCUACGGAGAAGAUGUUCCCUAAUAGCUCCUCGGACAAGUCUGGCACCAUGUGACCUGCAGGACCGGGUGAUACUGCUGUGGCCCACUGCAGCAUACCAAGGCCUAGGGUAGCCUCAGUGGCUUCCACUUGCUUCACAGGGAUCUCCUGGCCUUGGAGGGCAGAUCCUAGAAGGUCAACCUGGGAGGGUGUAUGUCUGUGGAGAGCAGAGGCCCAGGCGUUAGCUGCAACUCCUACUCAGCCAUGUGAAUGCCACAGACCUCUUGUGGGCAAACGGAUAUCCCAAGGAAUGCUGGAGCAAGAUUAGUCCCAAGGACAGUGUUUCCUAAGAUCGAGGCAGAUGCUUACCAGCUUCUCAUAUUGUCACUGGAAAAUUAUUCUCUCGAUAUUCUCUACAUACGUAUAUAUGUGUGUGUAUAUAAGUACAUGCAUAUAUGCGCAUAUGUGUACGUAUAUGUCUGUAGGUGUGUGUAUAUAUAUAUUUAUGCAUCUAUAUACAUAUACUAGAGAGCUGGACAUACACACAUGCUAACUGUAUAUAGACGCUUUUUUUUCUUUUUAUGAAACUUAGAUUUACCUCAGACCCACGCCACCAAACAUCUCCCACUCUUACUUGGUGGGAUUUGCAGGGACUUCUCUGGGAGAACUUAGAGGCCCCACAGUAACUGCGAACGAAGCAAUAUACCACUAACCUGCAGAGACACAAAACCAGAAACAGUCUCCAGCUGUCUCCAGAAGUCGUGGCCUUCCAGAACAGUCUGCCCCUCAAGGAAGGGUGGGGCAGGCAGUACCCCCAAGCAGGCUGCUCCUAAAGGUGGGGAACCCUUCUUAGAAAACCCUUUCACCCAUCCCCCAGAGACCCUGCCCUGUCGCCCGGAGGCCAAAGGUCAACUGUACCCUCAAAAGGCACAGGGAAAGUUGGUGUGAAGAUCCUUGAGUUUGUAUGCUAAAUCAGGAUGGUGAGAUGCUGUGUGCCAUCCUAGCAAAGCAUCACCUGCAGUUGGGGGGAAAAGAACAGGAGAAAACAAAACCCAAAACAGUAGUAUGGAGUAGUUCAAACCCUAGAAGUGCUGUAGGGAUAAAUCUGUGGUGACUACACAAGUUUUACUUCUCUCAUCUCAAAAUAUUUAAUGGUUUUCUUCCUCUUCAUUCUACUGAUGACGCUUUGUCAGAUUUGGAACUAAAUGGGCAAGGAGGCGUUCGGUCACACCACUUCUGUUUGAGAGCAGUCCGCACCAUGCUCUGCUCCCCGCUGGAGCCUCCAGUGCCCAGUCAGCCCUUGGCCUCCAUCCUAGGAGGACUGUGUUAGGAAACACCAUAGGCUGAGAUUCUGUGAAAAGGGCAGUGCUCCCCAUCCUCCCUUCCCUUCCUCUUCUUCCAUUCCUUCUAAUGCAGUUAACGUAGACAAACGUGGUGAUAGAAACAAGGUACGUGAUUCUGCAGCGUCACAACAGCCCCCUGCAUGGCUCUCGUUGGAUUCCGUUUUACCUGCUUUUCUGUUGUCUCCAUUUUCCAGAUACUUCAGGAAUUGUUGGAUAGUGCGCCACAGGCGAAUCUAACCCUAAUGGGGCCAUUUGUACUCUCCCUCUGCAUGCCAAACCAAGGAUCUUUUCCUCCUCCUCCUCCUCCUCCUCCUCCUCCUCCUCCUCCUCCUCCUCCUCUUCCUCCUCUUUCUCCUCCUCCUUCUUUUCCUCCUCCUUCUCCUCCUCCUCUUCCUCCUUCUCCUUCUCUCCCCCACUCUCUCUUACACACACACACACACACACACACACACACACACCCUGGCUGGUUCUCUGCCUACCUCCAAAUUUUACAGUCCAAAAUCCAGAAUCUGAGUCACAGCCCCCACAGGAGCCAAGUGAGUCGAGGCUACACCACUCCUGUCACCCACAGAUGCUUUGAAGUGCCCUCCUUGGCAUUUCUUCCCUUUGGGUUUGCUUCCCCCAUCUCUGGGUCCUCCAUUUAAAGGUAACUUGCCCCCUUCCCCAGGGAGCGACCUAGUGAGUCACUGGUCCUUAGGUAUGGGGAGGAUCACCCAUUCUGCCUUGCCUGUAAGAUCAGCACUGAGUACACUGUGGGAUCAAGAAUGGGCUCAAAAUGAGAAUGUCAGUAAGAUGCCCGAGCCAUCCAGCCUUCCUUCCCUCUCAACUCCUGCUAUGAUGGGCCCUCUGUUUUUGAGCACAUAAAGAUAUCUCCAUUUUAUAGCUGAAGAGAGUAAGGCCUAGGGGUGGGCUAGGACCUGCACAAGAUAUGCCAGAUGGACUAGUGGGCUGCAUCAGGCUAAGGAAGCCUUUCUUUGCAGGAAUCUGCUAUCUCUGCUAUGCAUCCAGGAGAUAAGACUUCUCUUUUGUAUCCCAGGGCUAUUCCCAGAUUUUUAAGUCCACUCACCUCCCAGGCAAAAAUGCAAUAUUCCCUGCCUGGAUACCAGAUAGAAGCAAAAUUGAGUUUACAAAUCUAUUACCUGACACACCUAUGGCCAGUUAUGCUGUGAAGAUUUGUCUCUGGGUUGACUUAUUUCUUUUUCCUUACUGCCUCUCCCCAAAUGUCCCAAGAGCAGAGCCUCAGCUGUUUUCCUUAAGCAUCUAUCUUUUCAACCCCAUUGGCAAGUGGCUGAUGAAUUCACAUUUAGGGAAGCGCACACACAGAUGGCAGAUGAGUCCCCAACUCUUCCAUCCCCCUAUCUGAGCUUUGAUGCAGAACAAAUGGAAAAACACUGUCCACCCCCAUCCCCGACACACUUCUUCAUCUGGUCGCCUUGCAUGUCUCAGCCACCCCCAGGUCCCAACUCCACCCCACCGGUGUCUGUCUAGUGUGAGCAUCUCGCAUCUGACUCCUGCCUGUUUUUAGUCCACUAUAUAUUGCUGUGUUUGUUAAAUGCUGGAAAGUAACUGUUAAAAUGUGAAACUGUAAUUUUUUAAAAGAAGGCUACAAUUACAUUAUAGCCAUUGCCACUCACCAAAUCUUUGCACCUAGUAGAUAGAUUGAUGUAAAAACAAAUACCAGAAACCUAAUUGUACAGUGAUUGGGGUGGGGGGGUGUAGUAACAAUAGUUAGUAGUCCUCAAUAUAGCCAAGCGUACAAGGGGAAGUGGUGUCUACCAAUGUCCAUCACCAUUAUUGAAAGCUGUACUGAUCAGUUAGUUUAUAACGGGCAUUUAAAAAAUUUUAUUUUGGCUUCAUGGAAUGAUUUCUUAACCUCCAACUUACCCCAAGGUCAAGCCUUUUGUCUUUAUGUAUAACCAGUGUUCAGUCUGUUUUAGGAAUGAACCAGCAAGAUGUUCAUUUAAUUAAAACUGACCAAAGACAAUUAAUUCCUGGUCUAGUUUCCUGGGCAUCAUGUGGCCCAGCUGCCACUAAAGACCUUUCUCCGAUCAAUUUGAGAACAAGCCGAGCUUCCUACCCCACUCGCCCUCUCUGCCCUCCUCUUUUCCUCAUCGAGCUGCUCUGAGCUGUGGGAUCCUGUGAACAACUGUCGUCUUUCCUUCUCUUCAGUGCUAACUUCUCACCUUGAAGCGCCUUUUGAACCCCCGGACAGAGCACACAACUGGAGGGAAUUGUGGGUGUGGGAAUUAAGACUAGGGAGUAUUUUCUCUGAAGUUACUAAACCAGGGGUCAGGAGGGAAACGGAUUCCUAAGGAACGGAAAGGUUUAUACCCAUUGAAGAAAUCAAAUCGGAGUAGGAAGAGACACAGGGAAAUGGAGCCAUUCAUUGGCUACUGGCUGGAACCAGCAGUUCAGAGAUCUGCCUUAUAAACACUUAAAACUGGUUUGUGGUACACAAAGGGGAGCUGGUGGGAGAGAAGCCUGUACAGAGGGCUCCCUUCGUUGGCAUCUCCUGGAGUGCCUUGUUGGGUGCAUUCCUUUCUUAUUCAGGAGGCAUGAAUGCAGAGGACAUAUCGUGACUUGGUACUUGGCCAUCGUUAAGUGGCCAGUGCACAUACAUUUGGAACAAGUGCUGGAAAACCCCAAGGACUAACUCAACAGUCCUCCCUCUCAGCCUUUCUGUUUCUAACUUCUCAUCUUCCAGAUGGUUCCACACUAGAGCAAACGCCUCAUUCUUCUGAAAAAAACAAAACAAAACAAAACAAAAAAAAACAGAAAGGGGAGGAGUGGGGUGUCAUUUCUAGCUGCAGUAGUGGGUCCUGUUGGACUGGGAGGGAAAGGCGUGACAGGGAGGAAAAGGCAGGAAGGGGUGAACCAAGGUAUUGCUUAGCUGAUUUUCUGCUGUGCAGAGCUAAUGCUGACAGUUUGUGUCCACUUCCCUGGUUCUCUGGGAUCUCUUCUCCACUGAAAUGAAUUCGAAGUGGAGAAUUCCACAUACUCCAAGCUACCCAUGGGAACUGCCAGAAGGGACUUCACUGUCAGUCCGAGACCUCCUGGCCUCUCUUAAGGUUGAUCUGCCAGCAUACUAUUGUCCUAUCCUUUGGGACUGGCCAAAUGGCUAUUGCUGUCUUUUGCUGACAACUCCUUUCUGUGCAAACUGUCCCAGGCAAAUCACAAAGCUGUUCCUUGAUGAGGAACUGCCAGAGUGCACUUUCCUUCCCUAGAUGGAAGUGGGUCGAGGCUAGCUCUGCUGCCCAGGCCCUCGUUCCAGGCAGUGUGACUGUUUACAUGGUUUGGCAAUAGGUUUGCUUCUGAUUGCUUCAGAGUGGCUGUUCUAUUUUGUUUGCUUUGCUUUCUUUCUUCCCCCAAAUUAUGACAGGAAAAACAAACUGAAACCACCCUAGGAAAUUGCUGGUUGCCUGUCCCCAUGUGAUGCUAACUGUUGCCCUCUUCUGGGUAUCAUUUCUCUACCUUAUGACCAAAUGCCCGUCCUAUAGAGUGUCUGAUUGGAUCCUCUGUUGCGUAUUCUGAUGGUGCCUGCUGGUUUGAUGUGGAGCUAUCCUGUGAAAUAAAACAGCUUAACUUUUUCUCAAA